AUGAAUAAAAUGCUCUCAAACAGGUUUCCUUACUUUGUGGUGAACAAUAAGAACUACCAAAAGAUAUGCAAAAUACAUACAUCUUCAUUCAGCACCACAGGCUUUAAGCCUGGAGACAAAAUUCGCAUCCAGAAAACUUUGUCGCAGAAAGACUUGGAUGCUUUUUCGAAUCUCACAAGUGACCAUAAUUAUCUACAUCAAAAUAAUAGUAACAAAAGGCCCAUUGUGCAUGGAGCUUUACUGAAUGGUUUGGUGGCUGGUCUAAUUGGUACUCAUUUGCCUGGACCUGGUACUGUGGUUCUAUCACAGACAAUGAAAUUUCCCAACAAAUGCUUUGUUGGUGAAAAAUUGACUAUCAGUGUGGAGUUGGUUGAUGUGAGGAAAAUUCUCAAAGUGAAGUUUUACUGCAUUGUAGAAGAAGAAAAAAAGGUUGUGUUCGAGGGCGAGGCCAAGCUUAUGUUGGCCAAAGACUGUUAA